UGUGGACGAAAUUUCCAAGAGGAAGAGGUUUAAGGGGAGAGGUUUAAAAGACGGCCAUGGGAAACCUCUUGUCAACAACUUCAAAACCAAGCCCUAACUCGAACGCCACCACUACCAUGUCUUCUUCACAAAUUCCAGAAACCUCCCAAGAACCUAAACCCCAAACAGAUCCUACCCACCAACCCAAAACCCUAGAAACCCAAAAGCCUCCACAGGAAUGUUCAGAUCCACCAAUGAAAAAUGACCCAGAAACCCUAGGAAAUCAAGAAGAUGAGAAAGAUGUUGAAGGAGAAGAGGAAGAGGAGGGUGAAUGUGGGUUUUGCUUGUUUAUGAAAGGGGGUGGGUGCAAAGACAGUUUUAUCGAUUGGGAAAAAUGCGUUGAAGAAGGUGAGAAGAACAAAGAGGACAUUGUGGAGAAGUGUUUUGAGGUGACGGCGGCGCUGAAGAAGUGUAUGGAAGCGCACCCAGAUUAUUAUGAGCCGAUUUUCAAGGCGGAGAAGGCGGCGGAAGAGGAGGCUGUGAGGGAAUUGGAGAAGGAGAAAGAAGCUGGUGGAUCGGCAUCGGAGUCAUCUGGUUCGGAAAAAAGUGGAAGUUCUUAAAUUUUUGAGGGUCCAUGAGAUUAUCUGUUUUGUUUUAUAGGUCGAUUUUACUUGUAGAAACCUUUGGGAAGGUUAGAAAAUUUUUGAGGUAAUUAAGAGAAAUUUUAGAACUACGGCAAAUUUGACGAAUUCUGAAUAAUUGUAUUGAAUGCCAAUUAAAU